AUGGUGGAGCACGGAGCAGCACACAUGCUUCGCGCCUUUUGUUAUUCAGUGGAAGAGAAUAUGGAAUCAUUCCUUCGCGGCUUUGUGGAGCUCUCGACAGCGGAACGCGCUUUUCUAGUUUUGGGAGAAUCGCAACAUGACAGCUCGGGUAACACCGCGCUGGAGUUGCAUGGUGACGCAGAGAUGUUUACGGCGGUAGCUCAGGCCCUUCGUGUGGAGGCACAGAAUGACAAUGAGAGGAAUACCACAGUUGGGAACAACCGUAAGGAUGGUUGUGAGACUGGUGGUGAUAGUGACAAAGACUUUUGGGGUGUGAUGACAAGGAAACCGUGUGCGUCGCUGACACAUACGUAUGAUGUGGAAUUGGAAGAGAUGGAACUGGAUGAGUCUGCUGCCCUCAAAACAUCCGCAAUGACUGAUUUUCUGAAUCGCGGUCUUGUGGGCCUUUUGCCGGACUUCGACAAUUUUUUUGUUGGGGAGCGUGAGGAGGAUGGUGCAGCAUCCAUGCCACCGCUGGUGGAGAAGAAGGCCACACAGCGACCAGUGAAGGCGACAUCACCCGGUGAAGCGAUGCCUACAGAAGGGAGGAUGAUGCAUAAACUCCUUUUCUCUGUUGAGGAGAUUGUUCCUGACGCAGGUGAAGUUGGGACUGAACAAGGGGUGCUGCGUUCAGAGGGCGAUAACGAAGGCGAGGAUGAUAGUAGUUUGAGUGACAUUGAGAUUGAGCUGCCAGGGCUCGUGGUGGACGCCACGUUGCAGGAGUUUUCCUCAGCUGCACCCCGAUGUAAUGUUUUUCUCUCGGUGACGGAUUUUGACGUGCUGCGGGAUAAUAAUGACGAGGUGCGGCCGUUUGCGCUCGAUCCGUGCUUUGACGACCCCGACCUUGUGGGGAAGGUGGCGGGAGCACACGCGCAUCUGCGUGAGUGA